AUGUUGGAUGAGGUUGCUGUCAGGGGUCUCGCGCCUGAAACCCAGGUCGGUCUGUCGAGAUACUCGGUGACUAUCAAAUUGCGCGAUGACAGGGUAGCUUGGCACAAUCAAUAUCAAUGCAUAGGUUAUGAUGACACCAAGGUCUGGUUGAUCUCCAGACCACAGUGGACUACUGCCUUUGGUUCUAUCUAUAUCUGGACUGCUGACCUGCUAUGGGCUGCCUUCGGACAUCAGUUAUGCUAUUGUCUCGGUAUCUGUCUCAACAAGCUAGUUGUUCAGCAACUAUCAAGUUGUGCAGUGACAGUUAUGAUGACACCAAGGUCUGGUGUGAGUGUCGAUGAUGAUGAGGUUGAUGGUGUUGGUGAUAAGGUUGGUGGCAUCAACACGAGUGUCCAGUGUGUUGACUUGAUGCUUGAAGUGAUCCCCAGACCGCAGUGGACUACUGCCUUCGGUUCUAUCUUGAUCCAGACUGCUAACCUGCUAUGGGGCACCUUUGGAUGUCAGGGAGUGGUGAUACAACACACACACUACAAUGAGGAGCAACCUUGA